AUGAUGGGUCUCCUACUGGUUCUCAUCAAAACACCCGACUGCGUUCAGGCUACUAAAGUUCGAAACGAGUCGUUUGCUGCUAAGUCCUCUUCCAUCUUCGUCUUCUCCCUCCUUGAUCGUCGCAUUACUCAUCUUAGCGCUCUGUGCCCCAUCCGCCAACUUCCAAGUCGAGCACUCAAGAACGAAUAUUCGGCAUCCGCCAUAAUUGACACGCGCUCGGGAGAGUCGGAUAUCCGGCGGGUGUUGAAGAUGUUGUGUCUGACACAACAGCGCUCCGAGGUAGCUUCGCAUCUCGCCGUACGAGGACCUCGAUGCUUGGAGGAGCAAUUGACGCCGGCUACUUUUAGAGAUGCUACAAUACGCGCUGCUGCUAUGCUAGUCCUCUCACGGAAGGAAGCCCACCCACGGCGUAUCCUCGCAACUCCGGUGUUCCAAGCGUAUGCGCAUAUGGGCGGACGAAAGGAACCAUCUACAUCCCGUUCGUCCAACGGAGGAAUCUGCACCGACACUAUGUACUCGUUCAGCCAACUCUUCUGCGCGCCCCGAUCCCCUUCCAUCGUCCGAGCCAAUUGA